AUUAUUUUACUCCAAUUUUGUUCUGAUCUAAAGAAGAAAUUGUAUAUUUAUAAAUAGUUGAAGAAAUAUAAUUAUGUAAUAUAUAAAUCGUUAUUAUUUACAUUCUAUACUAGUCGUUAGAUCGUACUAAGAUGUAUUUAUAGAGUUAUUUUUUGUUAUCUAAAACUUUCUGUUUCUUCUGCGAGGAUGAAUUGUCUUUACAAAAAGAAAUAUAUAUAUUGUUUCCAUGUAGAAGUCGUUUUACAGAUGGCGCUGGAAAAACCUGUUUUUUUUACUUGUUACAGCUUAUAAAUUAAUAAGUCACAAUAUAUAGCGCCUUGUAGGCAACAAAAUCACUUAUCACGUUAAAUUCAUAAGUUGUAAUGUUCCUUUUUAAUAUACUAAAUUAAACUUCAUAGAUUAUUAAAAAAGAACUCUGAAAGAUUUAACAGAAAAUUAGUGAAUUUAUCAUUAUACGUACAUUAUAUACGUAAUUUGUGCUUAUCAGUAUUAUAUAAAAAUUGUCGUAUGAUAUUUUAUAAUUGCAAUUCUAACAUAAUAUGAGUCAGUUACUACUAUCAUUGUUCUUCAUUAGUCUCAUAAAUAAUAGUAUAUCAUGGAGGACUUUUAUGAGAGGUAGAAGCAAAUAUGGUAAUCUAGGUGUUCCAACUUUAUCUAAAGAUCAAGAACUUUCAAGCGAUGAAUGGUUUACACAGUUUUUAGAUCACUUUAAUCCAACUGAUGCACGUGUUUGGCAACAGAGAUAUUUUGUAAAUGGAGAGUAUUACAAGAAAGGUGGGCCAGUAUUCUUGAUGAUAAGUGGUGAAGCUGCAGCAGGUUCUAAAUGGAUGAAAGAAGGUCAAUGGAUUGAAUAUGCUAAGCAAUUUGGAGCAUUGUGCUUUCAAGUGGAACAUCGCUUUUAUGGGAAAAGUCAUCCUACUUCGGAUCUCAGUGUGAAGAAUUUAAUGUAUCUUUCAUCACAACAAGCACUUGCAGAUUUAGCUUAUUUUAUACAACUUAUGAAUAGUAAUUACAAACUACCAAAGGAUACCAAAUGGAUUGCAUUUGGAGGAUCAUAUGCUGGAUCAUUAGCUGCAUGGUUGCGUUCUAAAUACCCACAUUUAAUACAUGGAGCUGUUUCUGCAAGUGGUCCUUUAUUAGCAGAAAUUGAUUUUCAGGAAUAUUAUGUUGUUGUUGAGAAUGCUCUCAAAGAAUAUUCUGAGGAAUGUGUAAAUACAAUAAUAAAGGCAAACCAACAAUUUCAUAUAAUGUUACGUCAUCCUAUUGGCCAACAAGGAAUAGCUAAAAAAUUUGUUUUAUGUGAUCCUAUUGAUUCUGGACACACUAAAAGUAAUGAUAUCUCGAAUUUGUAUGAAACAAUAGCAAGUAUCUUCGCCGGUAUUGUACAAUAUAACAAAGACAAUCGUAAUAAUUCCGCAAUGGCUAAUCUCACUAUCGAGAGCGCCUGUAACAUUUUAACAAAUGAAACAUUAGGUAUAGCUGUCGAUAGACUUGCAAUUUUAAGCACCAAAAUGUUGAAUGCAUCAGGAGAAAAGUGUUUAGAUUAUAUGUAUAGCAAAAUGAUUCAUAAACUUCGAAACGUAACGUGGGCUAGCGAAGAAGCAGAAGGAGGGCGUCAAUGGACGUACCAAACGUGUACAGAAUUUGGAUUCUUUCAAACUUCAACAGCACGCCCUAAUUUAUUUAGUGAAACUUUCCCAGCAGAUUUCUUUGUGCAACAAUGUGUUGAUAUAUUUGGUCCAAGGUACAAUAUUCAUUUGUUGAACUCGGCAAUCAAUAGAACAAAUAUUUUAUAUGGAGGAUUAGAUUUGAAAGUAACAAAUGUAGUAUUUGUACAUGGAUCAACUGAUCCUUGGCAUGUUUUGGGAAUAACAAAGUCACCAAAUCGGCAAAUGCCUGCUAUUUAUAUUAAUGGUACUGCUCACUGUGCUAACAUGUAUCCUCCCUCCAAAAAUGAUCCACCCCAAUUGAAAGCUGCCAGAGUAGAGAUCGGACGUUUAAUAUAUCAAUGGUUGCAUAGUUAAUUGUGAUAUCCUUAACGCUUUAUGUGAUACAACCGACUGCUCAAUAAUAAGUAGAUUUUUAUUUUUUUUAUAAAACAAUGAUGCGUUACAAGAAUUAAAUUUAUUUCAAUAAGUUUUUGAACAAUUCAUAUUUUCAUUUAUGAAUUUCUGUGGAACAAUUAUUAUUAUUAUACUACGUGAAUAUUUUUAAUUCGAAUAAAAUUCGUGCAUUAUUAAUACUAAAACUAAUUACGUAGACUUACUAAAAAUAUACGAGUGUUUGUCAUUCUGUGUUUAUAUUAAACCACAAGAAUAUAUAGAUACAAUUAAACAAGUUUGCCCGUAAUGGCACUAUUACAAUUUCCUGUGGAUUACUGAGAUAUCAAAUAAAUACAUGUACAUACGAACUUACUAUGAAUAUCUUACGUCAGUCAACGAAUAAAUACAUAUCAUCUAUUAAUCAUGUAUGUUUUUAUUCUCGACGAGCAUGCGAAGAAACUGAUUGGAAAUAAUACUAGACAUAAAUAAUUCGUUAAGAUAUCGUAAAAUCUACAAAAACAGAUCCAACAUGAGUUUUAACACGCGUACAUUGUCUUAGAAUGAGCACCAUAACUAAAUGAAUUUUGAUUCCGAAAUGGAUAACGUUGGCCUUUCCUUAAUGAUACCAUCUUCGAAUAUCGCUCCGCUAUGAGAAAUUUGUUCGAUCCCCUUAAGGCAAGGCCAAAGUGCCCAUAACAGAUGCUGAUCUUACCGAGUGUACGAUUUUCAUAAAAUAUAUCAUAUUACUGUAAUCAAAUAUUCUUAUAAUAAUUUAUAUAAAAUGAAAAUUAUUAGAAUUCGUUUGAUCAGUAAUUAUAUAAUAUAUAUUACUCUCUCAUUUUUUUUGGCAUAUCCUUCGAUCAACUUGUGAUCCUCCGCAUUCACAACUUUCAUCUCUGGUUUACGCUACUGCAGUACACGGUAUUUACAUUAACAAGAUAAUCGUAGAUAAUUUAUUGUAUAACAGAACAAUAAAUGUAGGAUGAAUUAGUUCUUUUUAUUUGUCGUUCACGGUUCAAGAUUCUCCUACGCAACGUUUGAAUCGUUCACCACGUUCUUUUAAAUUCCCAUUGUAAAUGGGUUUAUUUAUUAAUAGAUUAUGUUCAUAAAUGGCAAAACGGAGUGGAUAAUGAUUUUAUUUUUCAUCAAAAUGUUUGCGAAAAUGUACAUCCAUAUUCUAUCCAUCUCAAAGAUAUUUUAAGAUAGAUAGGCUUUUGUAUUGAAGAAAAAAAAAAAAGAAUAGAAG